UUAUAAGUUCAAUAAUUGAUUCAACGAAUUAUUAACAAUGAAAGAGAAAAUGCGGUAAGUAUUGAAUAUACGGUACUAUUCAAUUGUUUAAGUGUUGAACGAUAAUGGAAAACUAGUCGAGCACUUAGUGAGUUUGUUAAGACAAUGAAACCGAUACCCUAAAUAUUUCUGAAUUGGUUAAUUUAUGACAUUUAAACUUAAAAACCCCAUUUACAUUAUUUCAUGAAUAGAAGAAACGUAUUUAUAUUCGUAUAACCAUACUUUAUAAAGAAGGAAAUCGUUUCGUUUAAUGAUACGACGUUUUCUCUGAUGUUCUGGAGCUGUUGCAUGCUAAAAGCCUAGCUUUCAUGACUGCAACGUAACACGUAAAAUACUUUUAUCGCCUAUGUCAUUGAGUGGACUUGCACCAGGAACGCUUCAAAAUGAAGGGAAAGAAGGACACCGGAAAUGAAAAGGAUGUCGCCUCGCGUCCAUCUAAUAUACGGGACGCCUUCGAGGGAGAGUUUCUCUGCACAAUUUGCGAAAAAGAGGGGAACCAAAGUGAGGCUACAAAUUUUUGCAUGGAAUGCAAUGCCAAUUUAUGCCCGCAAUGCGUAGGGCAACACCGGAAGUUUCCGACAAUGCGCGCUCAUAAAGUGCUCGGGAAAUCUGCUCGGAAGCACUUGGAACGAGAUGUUGAGGAAGAGGAGAAUUUGUUGGAGUGUCAAAAUCAUCCGGGCAAGAUGGUGGACAUGUAUUGUUCCGAACAUGAUGAAGUCUGGUGCGGCGGGUGCAUGGCCGUCUACCACAAAACCUGUUCUAACGUCAUCUUCAUCACAGAAGCUGCGAAGACCAUCCUGAAAUCCAAGGCUUACAAGGACAACAAAGCGAACGUGACCAAGAUGAUCAAAGAGUACGCACAAUUGAAACAGAGGGUGGAGAAAAACAUGGACAACAUCGCCAAACAAAGUGACACUGUGUCGGGAACUAUAAGGGACUUACGGACUCGAGUGAACGCAUUACUCGAUGACCUUGAGGUGGUGGCUGUUGGGCGUCUGAAGGAAAUCUACUCUCGUAACUUGGUUCAAAUUGGAGAGGACAAACUGCGGUGCGAAGCGGUUAUUAAGGCUCUCAGUCAGGUUGACCGCGAGCUAAACAAACCCUUAAGCCCGACCAAUACGGAGCCAGAUAUUUUCGUAUACCUCCAUAGGGCUAAAGAGAAACUGCGAAUGGCCACCAACUACCACGGUAUGCUGAAUACGGGGACCCUGGGGCAAAGGGUGCGGUUUGUCAUCGAACCAAAGAUUGAGGAAUGGUUGCACGAAAUGAGGGAUCGCCAAUUAGGUCAUUUUAUCUAUAAAUACCGGCUAAAUGAGGUGACGGUGAAACUUGACGACGACGUUCAGACUUGCGUCAUUAACGGAGCGUCAGUGGUUACGGAUGAGCGGUUGCUCAUGACAGACUGGGCGAAUAAGAGAUUGAAGCUUCUCGAUAAAUUCUUUUCCGUAGUGGACACCAUAGAUUUGGAAACUGGUCCGAAUGACGUUUGUCACGUGUCAACGAAUGAAGCAAUGGUAAGUCUACCCGACGAAAAAUCGCUUCAGUUGGUGAAGAUUGAUCCGAAACUAGCGUUGGGCAAGAAAUAUGACGUCGGCGUCGAAUGCCGUGGAAUGGAAUACUGGGCGGGGGAGUUGUACGUCAUUUGUGGCGGGCUUGAGCAUGAGGCUCAAGGUCACUUACGCGUGUACAACACGACCGGGAAACUUAUACGCGCAAUCGAGCACGACCAUAUCCGUGAUUCCAUAUUCUCGAUUCCCAUGCGAAUGGCGAUUUCCAACGACGGAAGUAGAAUUUUCGUCACGGACGGCGAGAAGGGAAUUAUCACCCUAAAGAAAUCGGGGGAGGUGCUUCCGCCUCUUCAAGAUCCGGCGAUCAAGUGGCCAUGGGGAAUUUGCGCCGACAACAAUGACCAACUUUUCGUCUGCGGAAGCAGCUCCAAUAACGUCGUUCAGCUUCGUGAGAACCGGAAGUUGGGUGUCGCCCUGCAGGCAGAGGAUGGUCUGAAGGAUCCAAUGGCCAUUUGCUUCUUUUCAUAUGGUUCCCGGCUGAUAGUGACACAGGAUAAAUCGGACUUUAUAAAAGUGUUUACGCCUCUUUGAGAGACGCAACUUUAUAUAUUCGCUAAGAACAUUACGUAUAGCUGUGCUGACUGAACCACUAGCGGAUCCGGGUCGGGGGGUAGGGGGUUGAGGGGGCGCUCCUCCACCACCACCACCACCACCACCACCG